UGGCCCUAAGGCCUUGUCCAUACUGCCCGCUGACUUUGAAACAGGACCACAGGUCCCUUCCUGAAAGAACCUGGACAGAGCAAUUAUGUCCACUGCAUUGGAUCACUUCUGUGGCUCAACAUUUUGGAAUGCCUCUCUUCUGGAUCGGCCCGACCCAGACCUGCCGGUGUGUUUUGAACACACGGUGCUGGUUUGGGUGCCUCUAGCUUUCCUGUGGCUCAGUGCCCCCUGGCACCUAGUGCCCCUCCUCAAACGGAAGCUCUCGAAUGCACAUCUCUCCAGGCUCUAUAUGUGCAAACAGGUCCUGGCUAGUCUUCUUUUACUGACUGCCAUUGCUGGACUUGCAGUCACUCUAGGAGAGGAUUAUGGGCCAUCAAACGACAGAGAAGCAAAUGGUGCAAAUCCAGCAGUGCUUUACAAUAACCCUGUGCUGUUCACUAUUUCCUGGGUCCUGGUGAUUCUUUACCAGGAGAGUAUGAGGAAAAUGGGAGCUGUAGAUUCAGGGUCGCUCUUUCUCUUCUGGCUGUUGCUGAUCAUAUGCGAGGCCUUCUCUUUCCAGACAAUUCUGCGGGAGGCGCUUCAAAAGGGUGCAAUAGAAGACCUUCCACGCUUCUGUCUGUUCUACAUAGCCUUUGGUCUUCAGGUGCUAGCCCUUAUCCUGUCAGCCUUUGCUGAUAUUCCCCCCGAAGCUGUGGACUUAGUUAAAAAGAACCCUGAGCUGGGAGCAUCAUUUCUUAGUAGACUCACAUUCAACUGGGUUAACAGCAUGGUUGUGAGUGGCUACAGGAGGCUGCUGGUGCAGGAGGACUUAUGGGACCUGAAAGAAGAGGAUAGCACUGACCGCAUCUGCCAGGGGUUCGAGGAGACCAUGAAAUGGGAGCUGAUGAAGGCGCGGUCGCGCAUGAAGAACCACCAGAGGACGGCCAGCCAGGAGCAGAAAACUGAGCCCUGUCCUAAUGGGCUGGCCAAGGGGGUCAGCCAAGAUGUAUUGGUCAUGGUAAGUGAGGAAACUAGUGAAGAAGGGAAGAAGAAGAAAAAGAAGGAUGGAGAAAAGGAGGCUGAGUACCCUAGCUCCUGGCUGGUUUCUACCAUAGGAAAGACAUUCAAAGGGGUUCUGCUGGAGUCUGCAGUGUUAAAAUUCCUGCAUGACCUGCUUUCUUUCAUCGCCCCCCAACUUCUGAAGCUGUUGGUCUCCUACACUCAUGACAUGACCAUCUACACUUGGACGGGGUACCUGUACACUGUGCUGCUCCUGCUGGUGAACAUCGUGCAGUCUUUGUUUAUGCAGCAGUAUUUACAGCGGUGCUUUGUGCUUGGAACUCAAGUGCGCACCGCCAUCACAGCUGCUGUGUACAAGAAGACCCUGGUGGUGUCCAACGAUGCUCGAAAGGAGUGCACCGUGGGCGAGACAGUCAACCUCAUGUCAGCCGAUGCCCAGCGUUUCAACGAUGUCACUAACUCCAUCCAGCAGCUGUGGUCGUGCCCGCUGCAGAUCGCCCUGGCCAUUAUGUUUCUGUGGCUGGAGCUGGGCCCUUCCACCCUGGCCGGCCUUGCCGUCAUGGUGCUCAUGGUCCCCAUCAACGGACUGCUGGCCACCAAGUCUCGUGGCUUCCAGAUGGAGAACAUGAAGUACAAAGAUAAUCGAAUGAAAAUUAUGAACGAGAUGCUGAAUGGAAUCAAGACUCUUAAGCUGUAUGCCUGGGAGCCCCCGUAUGAGGCACAGGUGCAGGAGAUCAGAGAGAAGGAGCUGGGAGUGAUGAAGAAGUUUGCAUACCUCAUCUCCAUGUCCACUUUUUUUUUUGCCUGUGUGCCUGCUCUGGUGUCUCUGGCCACCUUUGCUGUGUUUGUGUCGGUGACUCCUGAGAAUGUUCUAGAUGCUCAGAAGGCCUUCACCUCAAUCUCUCUCUUCAACCUCCUGAGCUUCCCCCUGGAAAUGUUGCCAUUGCUCAUCUCUGCUAUUGUGCAGGCAAGUGUGUCUAAAAAACGUUUGGAGAAAUUCCUGGGAGCAGAGGACUUGGACAGAAAAACAGUGUGCCAUGACUCCAGCUUCAACACAGCUGUGAGUGUGUGUGAUGGCACCUUUGCCUGGGGAAAGGAUAUAGAUCCUGUUUUGAAAAGCGUGUCCCUGGACAUAAAGCCAGGACGUUUGGUGGCAGUGGUGGGUGCAGUGGGAGCAGGGAAAUCCUCCUUGAUUUCAGCCAUACUAGGAGAGAUGCACAGCAUCAAGGGAUACAUCAACAUCAUGGGCUCUGUGGCCUACGUUCCCCAGCAGGCCUGGAUCCAGAAUGCCACUCUGAGGGACAACAUCCUGUUUGGAUCAGCGCUGGAGGAGGCCCGCUUCCAGAAGGUUCUGGAUGCCUGUGCCCUGGUGCCAGACCUUGAGCUGCUUCCUGGAGGGGACCAGACAGAGAUUGGCGAAAAGGGGAUAAAUCUGAGUGGUGGGCAGAAGCAGAGGGUCAGCAUGGCUAGGGCGGUCUACAGCUCAGCAGACAUUUUCCUGCUGGAUGACCCCUUGUCAGCUGUUGACUCCCAUGUUGGAAAGCAUCUGUUCAACGAAGUGGUGGGCCCCAACGGGCUGCUCAAGGACAAGACCCGUAUCCUGGUCACGCACGGGGUCAGCUUCCUGCCGCAGGUGGACGAGAUUGUAGUUCUGGUGGACGGGAAGGUGUCAGAGAUUGGGUCCUAUAACAACCUGAAGGCUAGUGGCGGGGCUUUCUCCGAAUUUCUGCGCACCUACGCCAUGGAGAGCAGCCAGGACCACAGCCAGCCAGGUUUGUGUAACCACUGUUCAGACAAGAAGGAGAUGGACGGAGUUCCUGAGCGCCAGGAACCCCAGGUGGAUUGCUCUACUGAGGACGUGGUCUCUGCGACGGUGAACAGAGAAAACAGCCUCCGGCAUAGCCAGUACAAGGCCAGGUAUACAAUUACUAAUUAUAUCAGACAGGUGCCGCUAAAAAAACAUAGCUCAGUGAAGAAGCUCAAAGACGUUCCUCCUUCAAAUAAGGGCCAGAACUUAAUAGAGAAAGAAGCCAUGGAAACUGGAAAGGUGAAAUUCUCCAUGUACCUGCAGUACUUGAAGGCCAUGGGCUGGGGAUACUGCAUCAUAGUUUUUGUAGUCUACCUCCUUCAGAAUAUUGCCUUUAUUGGCCAGAAUCUAUGGCUGAGUGACUGGACCAAUGAUUCGGCCAAAUAUGAAAAUGACACUUACCCCAACUCUGUGAGGGACAUGAGGGUGGGCGUCUUUGGUGCCCUUGGGGUGGCACAAGGUAUCCUGGUGUUCCUUGCAACGUUGCUCAUGGCAAAUGGAGCAAUCGCAGCCUCACGGAUUAUGCACACUCGGCUGCUGUCCAACAUCCUCCGUGCACCAAUGUUAUUCUUUGACACCACACCAUUGGGCAGGGUGGUCAACCGCUUUGCCAAGGACAUGUUUACAGUCGAUGAGGCUAUCCCUAUGUCCUUCCGCUCCUGGCUCAUGUCCUUGCUGGAGGUGAUCUGCACCAUGUUUGUCAUCUGUCUGGCCACGCCCAUUUUCACAGCGGUCAUCUUUCCCCUUGCAGUCAUCUACUACUUUGUUCAGAGAUUCUAUGUGGCCACUUCCCGGCAGCUAAGCAGACUGGACUCGGUUUCCCGCUCUCCCAUCUACUCCCACUUCAGCGAGACCAUCUCAGGCCUGUCCGUCAUCCGGGCCUACGGGCACCAAGACUGCUUCCUCCGCCACAACGAGACCACCAUCGACGAGAAUCUCAAGAGCGUCUACCCUUGGGUCGCCUCAAACAGGUGGCUUUCCAUCCGGUUGGAAUUCUUGGGCAACUUGGUGGUCUUUUUUUCAGCUCUGUUUGCAGUCAUCUCCCGUGGCCACAUAUACAGUGGCCUGGUUGGGCUGACCAUCUCCUAUGCCCUAAAUGUUACACAGACACUGAACUUACUUGUGAGGAUGACCUCUGAGCUGGAGACCAAUAUUGUGGCUGUGGAGCGGGUGAAUGAGUAUGCUGAGAUUGAGACUGAGGCACCCUGGGUCACAGACAAUCGCCCCCCCAAGGGGUGGCCUGAUUCUGGAAAGCUCUGCCUAAAGAACUAUCAGGUGCGGUACCGGCCUGAAUUGGAACUGGUACUACAUGGGAUCACCUGUGACAUUGAAAGCACAGAGAAGAUUGGCAUUGUUGGGAGGACAGGAGCUGGGAAGUCCAGCCUCACUAACUGUCUGUUCCGCAUCAUCGAGGCAGCUGGCGGGCAGAUCUUUAUUGACGGAGUGGACAUUGCUACCCUGGGGCUGCACGAUCUGAGGAGCAGACUGACCAUCAUCCCACAGGACCCUGUGCUAUUCUCUGGAACAUUAAGGAUGAACCUUGACCCCUUCGAGAAAUUCAACAAUGAGGAUGUUUGGAGAGUACUUGAGCUGGCCCAUUUGAAGGCAUUUGUGGGGGGGUUAAAAGAUGGACUAAACCAUGAAGUCACUGAAGGAGGGGGAAACCUCAGUGUGGGGCAGAGGCAGCUUCUGUGCCUAGCCAGAGCUCUGCUGCGGAAGUCACGCAUCCUCAUUCUGGACGAGGCCACAGCAGCAGUGGACCUGGAGAUGGACAGCCUAAUCCAGACCACCAUACGCCAAGAGUUCUCCCACUGCACGGUCCUCACCAUCGCCCACCGGAUACACACCAUACUGGACAGCUCUCGGGUGAUGGUCCUUGAUGCUGGGAAGAUCGUGGAGUUUGACUGUCCCAGUGUCCUGCUCAAGAGACAAGGCCAUUUUUAUGCCAUGGCAAAAGAUGCUGGGAUUACUUCACUAGACAACAAAGCCCUUUGAACACUCCUUAGGGAAGCCCAUGGGAGAUUGGACAGAUUAACUGCACUGUAAGAAAUGUAUGUUCCCAGAACUACCUUUCCCAAGAUUCCCCUGAGCCACUGAGGAAGGUCUGCCAUGACCACUUCACUUGAUGAAAAAUUUCUGAAAUUGUAUUACUGUUCAGAACAGCAAAGACAUUCAUUGUAGCUUGAUUAUUGCUUGAGAGUAUUUCCAGUAUGAAGAGUGUUUUGUCAGUGUUCAAUACAUUAUGCUUAUAAAUUACAUGAUCUUUGGAUAUCUUUUCAUAAUGUUUACCCAAAUAACAUUACAAAGCUUUCCUUUUAUUACAAAUUAAAUAUUAAUAUUACUGUUGUAUCUUUCUGUAUUGUGUUGUAACUCAUUUUGAUUAUUGGCAAUGAAACCCAGGUAAAACCGUUUGUAAAUUACUUUAGCAAACUUGAAUUGUCCACAUAACUGAAGUACCCUGCUCCGUUUUAAUCAUGGAAUGCUGUCUGUUCUGUCGGUAUC